AUGUAUGCACUUUGCCACUUUUCUGAUGCACCGGCUCUGCAAGAAAGUCGACAACACACACUCCUAUCGACCGACCGAAAGAAACCGAAUAUGAAGGUUAAAGUACUAUCGCGCUCGCUGGAUAACUUCCUGCCGAUUGCCCAUGGGGCACCAGCGCCGAUCCACAAGAAUCUAGACCCGACCCUCCACCCUCAUUCACGUGCACGAGAGUACACUCGGGCAGUCACAGCGACAAAGCUGAACAGGAUGUUUGCAAAGCCCUUCGUCGGACAACUGGACGGCCAUCGAGACAGCGUAUACACGAUGGCCAAGGAUCCGCUCAAGUUGACCCAGGUCGCUUCGGGCUCAGGAGAUGGGGACGUCAGGGUCUGGGAUCUCGCCAAUCGGAUCUCGACCAUCAGCUUGAAAGACGCGCAUAAAGGCAAGGUCACCGGUCUCACCUUUCUCCCUAACCGGUACAUCGGGGAAGGUCGCUCCAAGACCUACGACCAACCUAAAGCGUCAUCCUCAAAGCGUCUCUCAUUACUCGACUCUACCGGUUUAUUGGACGAAGAGGAAGGAAUCGAUGAAGACAUUCUAGCAGAUUUGAAGGAGAAUGAAGAACUCCAUGACGCGGAAGAGCGCACGAGCAGGUUGGGGAGUAAGAAACUGUUAACCUGUGGGAUCGAUAAGGUCGUCAAGAUGUGGGAUAUUGGACCAGGCGCCAAUUUUGAAUCCGAGCAGGACCGGCUGGUGAUGACUUAUCAAGGAAAGCACGGAUUUAACUCGAUUGAUCACCAUCGCCAUCUACCUCAAUUUGUUACCGCCAGCGAUAGGAUUCAGCUUUGGGAUGUCACAAAAUCCUCGCCACUCGCAGAUGUAUCCUGGAAUUCUUCUCGGGCCGAGGGAAGCACAGCCAAGUCCAGUGACAACUACUCAGGAGAACAAAUUGCAUGUGUAACAUUUUCACCCUCGGAGACGAGCGUGUUGGCCUCCUCGGGCUCCUCCUCGAAUCGCGCAAUCACCCUCUACGACCUAAGGUCAAGCAAAUCACUGGGCCAACUGAUCAUGAAGAUGCGAAUUAAUUGUCUCAAGUUCAACCCUCAGCAACCGUCGACUUUGUUGGCUGGUGGCGAAGAUCACCAGCUGUAUACGUUUGACAUCCGAUACAUGGGUUCUGCGACUCAGGUCUUUAAAGACCAUGUUGGACCUGUAAUGGCGUGUGACUGGUCGCCAACCGGCCGAGGAUUUGUGUCAGGCUCGUACGACAGAACCUUGAGACUAUGGUCGACUUCAGACACGACUCUUCACAAAAAAGGGCGCUCGACAGAUGUUUAUCACACCAAGCGGAUGCAACGGAUCUUUGCUUCUCUCUACAGUUGUGAUAGUCAGUACGUUCUCAGUGGUAGUGAUGACGGAGCGGUACGGAUUUGGAAGGCCGGCGCGUCCGAACCAAUUGGCGUCAAGAGUGGCCGCGAACUUGCCGCUAAGGAGUACCGGGAUCAGCUCAGACAGAAAUGGUCUAGUAUUGACACCGUUUCUAAAAUCGAGAGACAGAGAUAUCUACCUAAGCCGAUCUAUCAUGCCCAAAAACUACGCACGGAGAUGCUUGAAGCACGAGCUAAAAAAGAAGAUAAUCGACAAGCUCAUUCGAAGAAACGCAAAAAUCUAUCAUCUGAUAAUGAUAAUGAUAAGAGAAAGGCCAAAUCUGGUAUACCAAAAGUUAUUAAUGAGCGCAAGAAAGGACUGUUGGCUCUACAAGAAUGA